UUAGCCCAGUUGAAAGCCACUGGGCGUAAAUUGGCGAGUUUUGUGGAGAAUUCAAUCUUUCCUCUAGCACUUAAAGAAACAAGAACUAAGAAAUUAGGCUGCUUUACAGAACACGUUAAAGAUGAAUAAAGUGAGGAAGGUCAGAGACUUUACAAGGGCAGCCACAUUCCUGGACUUCCGGACUUAUAAGAAGAGUAGAAGUAAGGUCAAGGAAACAGGUGGUGGCGAAAUAGAGGAAGUGGAGCUCGUGACGCACGAUCAAGAUGCCAGCGAAGGGGAAAAGGCGCUACAGAAACUAAUAAAGAGCGGCAAAAGUCCCGCAGGAGAACAAUGGAAUGUCGACAACAUCAAAAAUAUUGUGACUGCCAAAAAUUUGUGUUCUUGCAGAGAUCCGAUAACAACAGCUUUUGAUGUUAACCUCACGUUGCAAACUUUAGCUGAUACUUACACAGAGAACACUGAGUUCUUAAACAAGCUCGCAGACCAGACUGAAGACUUCGCUGUACAGCUUAUUGAUCAGGUGACUGCUAGUGAGCAGUUGGUUAUAAGCGACGUACCUGAAAAUGCUGAUCGCUGUGGCUCAAUGCUGAGUGACAUAACGGAUGAUGCAAUAGUUCAUUCACAAAAGAAGUUUGUUUCCCACCCAUUAUUGUACAAGAGAUUCAAAAUGAGGUGGAACCUUGGUUUGCCUAAAGAUUUAAAACCUCAUGGAAAGUUUCGAGCCCUUUUGUACCUGCUUAUCCUGAUAGAUACCAUCUUGACUCCACUUCUAAUGCCUAUAAUUGGAUAUGCUUUCCACAAGGACCAAAACAAGAGACGUCAGAGAUCGAACACAAAAAUUCAAGACCAAACUCAAACAUUGGUCACAGAGGAGAAACAACCACGGCUGGGUAUGCUAGACUGCUACCUCGAUUACCUGACUACUCCUUUCGUCAUAUUUGUGAAAGACAAACUCAGUCAAGUGGUAUUCAUUGCAAUUCACAUCCGUGUUUGCAUCAUGGCUUCUUCUGUUGAACCAACGAUCGAAGAAUACUUGAUCUUUGUCUUUUUCUGCGGUUUGGUCCUUAGCGAGUACCAACAAUACAAAGGUUCACCAUUGAAAUACUUCAAGGACAUGUGGAAUUACGUGGACGUUUUAACACUUUUUGUCUAUAUCGGGAUCAUCUUCCUCCGAAUAGUGACCAUAGUCCGUGGCGGUGACCCUUACCACAAUAGUUUGUUGGAAGUGACGAACCGCCUUUACGGUGUAAACACACUGCUACUGGUAAUGCGCCUCUCCAGCCUCCUGGCGGUUAGCGCUGUUGUCGGACCGUUGCAGCUGGCUUUAUUUCGGAUGUUUGUCGAUUUGCUAAUCAUCCUCCUGCAGUUUGGUUUCGUCAUCGCGGCAUUCUCGUUGGCCAUAACAAAGAUUUACACAGCAGAGAUGUCAUACUUGACUCCAACACAUAAUCAAACAGAAUACCAGGCAGAAUAUCACUCGUAUUGUGAACAUGGAGCACUUGAAUGCUUGUUUAAGACAUCUGGGAGCCUAAUCUGGUCUGUGUUUGGCCUAACAGGCCUGGGCGAUAUGCGCUCCCAUACCAGCUCUGCCACCAAGGUUGUUCUGACUUUAUUCUUGGCAUUCCUCAUUUUGUCGGUUAUCAUGCUGGUCAACAUGCUGGUAGCUCUACUGUCAAACACUUACGACAAUGUCAAGACCAAUGCAGAAGUCGAAUGGAAAUUUGCACGUGCCGUUGUUGAAAAUCAGUACAGGAAUUUACAUUGCAUCGUUGUACCGUUCAACCUGCUGUCCGUUCCAGUUACAUUGUGUUACUUCAAUGCGAUGGGUAACCCUCGGGAGGAGGACGCAGAAAACCGUCGGAAUCAGUACAAGAACUUUUAUCGCGAUCGCUUGUUUCCAUUGCUCACCGAACGUUAUCUCACGAAAUACGGUGGAUCAUUUCCUUUGUCCGUUGAAGAAAAGAUCGACUUGAUAAUGGACAAGUUGAAAAUCUCGCACUGCGACGAGAGCGUCGCAGCUAUGCAGGAUGAAUACAAGCAAGAAGGUUUUGAGGACCCAACCGACGAUCCUCCUGCGGUCGUUUUUCAUUUACCAGGAAACAGCAAUAUCAAGAGUGCAGAUGCCAAGUUUUCUUUACAGAUUUCGUCUUCUGUCUAGUCCCAUGCCUCCGCAGCUUAAAUCAGUGCAAACGAAAUCAGGGGCCCGAAAGCCAUUUUUAAUUAAUCUGUAUCUAAAAGCAGUAAGGUUUAUACGCCUGAAACUUUUUGCAUG